UUCAGUAUCAGUAUUGUUCUGGGAUACAAACAUUACUCAUCAACUAGGACAUUGAUCGGCUAAAUUCAAAGUGUUACAUCAGAAAACCAUUGGAAUCCAGUUUUUGUGAUUUUAGUUUGUUUUUCGAGUUUUUUGACGAUUUUCUAGUUGUUUUGAGUAUUUUAUUUCAUAUUUUAUAACAUUAUUUUCCAAUUUUUAUGAGUGUUACAUUGUGUGGAUUAACUUUUAGUUCCGUAAAUUUGUCUUGUUGGUGUUCUGUUUUUCAAGGGAUUCCAUUGGUGGGCAUUUGUUGAAAAACUGUUAAACUUCUCAAAUAAUAUUUGAAUAGGAUCCCAGUGAGUUUCCAAUGAUUUGAACUAAACAUUUCAUAAAGAUUUGAAUGGAUUUUGACUGACUUUGGUGGAUAAAUUUGUGAAAAUUUACAAAAACAGACUCAAAAAAUGACGUGGUCGGUGAAAGUGGCUGUAAUUGGCACCAGUAUCUUCCUGUUCGGAUUUGUCUUCGGCUUCUAUGGAUUCCACAAAUUCCUCAAAUCACAAAUUGCUAAGAAUGCAGCACUCGUAGAAGGCACCGAUAUGAGAGCGAAUUGGGAGAAAACUCCCAUCGCCGUGGAGUUUAGGAUUUAUUUAUUCAACGUCACAAACCCUGAAGAAGUCCACAAGGGAGCCAAGCCCAUAGUACAAGAAGUUGGACCGUUCUGCUAUGAUGAAUGGAAGGAGAAAGUGGGAUUCUCAGAUAAUCCAGAGGAGGAUGAAGUGAGCUUCCACAUGAAGAACACGUGGAUUUUCAACAAGGAUUGCUACGGCAACACUGAGGAAGCCGGUCUAACGGGAGAAGAGAUGAUCACUGUACCAAAUGCCGCUUUACUGAGUCUGGCACUGAUGGUAGAGAAGGACACUCCAGCCCUCUUAACCAUGGCGAACCGGGGGAUUCCGCAUCUCUACAACCACCAGAAGACAGUCUUCGUGACAGCAAAAGCCAAAGAGAUCCUGUUCGAGGGAAUCUAUCUGAACUGCACUUCUAAGGACUUUGCAGCUGUGGCGUUGUGCACUGGAAUACGGAUGAACGCUAAGGGAUUGCACAAGAUCAAUGAUAACCUGUUCAAGUUCUCGUUUUUCGGAGUGAAAAACGGUACGGCCGACGAAGCCCGCCUGACAGUGAAACGGGGCUCGCAGAACAUCAAGGACCUUGGCCGUGUGGUGGCGCUGAACGGCAAGGCUGAGAUGAAGGUGUGGGAUGGACCAGAGUGCAAUCAGAUAGAGGGAACUGACACCACUAUCUUCCCGCCCUUCACACAGCCCAGCGAAGACUUAACAUCGUUUUCGCCCGAUGUUUGCAGAUCAAUGGGAGCCAAAUACCAGAGACCUUCCUCGUACAAGGGUAUCAAGACCAACUUCUACACAGCCAGCCUGGGCGACAUGUCCAAGAAUCCUGAAGAGAAGUGCUUCUGUCCCACUCCCACCACAUGUCAUAAGAAGGGCAUCUUUGAUAUCACCAAGUGCACAGGAGCUCCAAUCUGGCUGUCACUGCCACAUUUCUAUGAUACAGAUCCAUUCUACUUGUCUCAAGUCGAGGGUUUGAGUCCUGAUAUAGAGAAACAUCAGAUCUUUGUUGAAUUUGAACCGUUUACAGGUACGCCAUUGGCUGCUAGGAAGAGAAUGCAGUUCAACAUCCCAAUCCACAAAAUCAAGAAAAUUGAACUGAUGAGGGAGCUACCCGACGCUCUCCUUCCAAUUUUCUGGAUCGAAGAG